AUGGGUUUAUUUGAUAAAGUGAAGCAAUUUGCUAACAGCAAUAAUAACAACAAUGAUUCUGGCAAUAACAAUCAAGGCGAUUAUGUUACCAAAGCUGAGAAUAUGAUCGGCGAAGAUAGAGUCAAUCAAUUCAAAAGCAAAAUCGGAGAGGACAGAUUUGAUAAGAUGGAGUCCAAGGUUCGUCAACAAUUUUCUAAUACCUCUAUAAAUGACAACGACUCCAACAACAACGACUCAUAUGGUUCUAAUAACAACGAUUCAUAUGGUUCUAACAACAAUGAUUCAUAUGGCUCUAACAACAAUGAUUCAUAUGGCUCCAACAACAAUGAUUCAUAUGGCUCUAACAACGAUGAUUCCUACGGUUCUUCCAACAAGAAGAAGAGCUCUUAUGGUUCUAACAAUGACGAUUCGUACGGCUCCAGCAACAACAAUGACUCUUACGGUUCCAACAACAAUGACUCUUACGGUUCCAACAACAAUGACUCUUACGGUUCCAACAAUGACGACUCUUACGGUUCGUCAAACAAGAAUAAGAGCUCUUACGGUUCCAACAAUGACGAUUCUUAUGGCUCUAACAAUGAUGAUUCAUAUGGUUCUUCCAACAAGAAGAAGAGUUCUUAUGGUUCCAGCAACAACGAUUCGUAUGGUUCUAACAACGAUGAUUCAUAUGGUUCUAACAACAAUGAUUCAUAUGGCUCUAACAACGAUGAUUCCUACGGUUCUUCCAACAAGAAGAAGAGCUCUUAUGGUUCUAACAAUGACGAUUCGUACGGCUCCAGCAACAACAAUGACUCUUACGGUUCCAACAAUGACGACUCUUACGGUUCGUCAAACAAGAAUAAGAGCUCUUACGGUUCUUCUAGCAACGAUGAUUCUUACGGAUCUUCCAAUAACGACGACUCUUACGGUUCUUCCAACAAGAAGAAGAGUUCUUAUGGUUCCAACAAUGACGAUUCUUAUGGCUCUAACAAUGAUGAUUCAUAUGGUUCUUCCAACAAGAAGAAGAGUUCUUAUGGUUCCAGCAACAACGAUUCGUAUGGUUCUAACAACGAUGAUUCCUACGGUUCUUCUAACAAAAAGAAGAGUUCUUAUGGUUCCAACAACGAUGAUUCAUACGGCUCCAGCAACAACAAUGACUCUUACGGUUCCAACAAUGACGACUCUUACGGUUCCUCUAAUAGAAACAAGAACUCCUAUGGGUCUUCCAACUACGGUUCAUCCAACAAUGAUGACUCUUAUGGUUCAUCUAAUAGAGGCGGUCGUAAUCAAUACGGUGGUGACGACGAUUACUAA